AUGAACAACCAAAAGAAAAGGAGUAGGCAGAAUCUCAGCUGUGGCGAAUGCAGAAGACUAAAGCUUAAGUGCGAUAGAGAAUGGCCAUGCACAUCGUGUAAGAAGCGUGGAUGUGCGGCUAUUUGCCCAGAUGGUACUCUCAAAGGCGGUACUAUGUCCAGGACGGCUUUGGUUUCGAAUACGGCAUCACUCCUAACCAGAAUCGAUCAGCUUGAAAGUGCCUUAAAAAAUGCCGGUGAAAUAGUACCGCCGCCAACUGAACCAAUCAUCAGUUCUGCCGCAUACGCGUUCAACUCGCCUCCACCACUUCAGGAACAAACCUUUCACGAGGAAGACUUUGCAGAGAGCUUUGGGUCCUUGACUCUCGGUAUCUCCGGGCAAGCUAGAUACGUUGGUCCAAGCGCAGGAUCUGAAUGGCUCCAAAAUGAAGCUCAAAUCAGCGACAACGAAUUGGAAUCUGAGAGAUUGAAUGAGGGCUCUCCCGUUAAUUUAGACAGCCCGAAUACUCCGCCUUCAGAUUUCCCUUUCCCUGGUGCCACUAAUGAGUCUGUCAUUACUCAGAUGUGGUCGCAAUUGCCACCGAUAGACAAAGCCAGACGUUUAAGCGACAAGUACUUCGACUACGAUUCUUGCUUGUACUACGUCAUCCCUCAGGAAAUAUUCGAUGAAGACUUUGAAAUCAUCUAUAGUGGUCCUAUUGAUGUCAAGUUCGCUCAUCAGCUCGCUCGGCUGUAUAUGAUUCUUGCUAUCGGUCUACACUGCGACGUUGACGAGCCAUUCGGUCAUCCUGACUGCCACAAGUACUUUUGCUCUGCCAAGACACUGCUCAAUGCAUCCGAAUUUAUGACAAAGUGCUCACUAGCCACCGCGCAGACACUUCAUUUGAUGGGCAGCUACCUUUUAAAUAGGAAUAGGUUGAGUGGUGCUGACUCGUACUGGCCACUUUUAGGUGUCCAGAUGCGCAUCAUACAAGCAAUGGGUUUACACAGAGACGGUGCUAGGUGGGGAUUUGACCAGCGUCAGCUAAAUGAACGUCGUAGGACAUUCUGGGAAUCUCACACUAUUGAUGUUUUUCAGUCAAUUUGUUUCGGCAGACCGUACUCAACCCACGCUAGGCACAUCGAUUGCGAGUUUCCUAUGGAUGAAGAGGCGCGUAACUUCCACAUCGGUGGCAAAGAUGAGGGAUACGGUUUCCAUACGCUCAAGUUCAAGCUCGUCAAGCAUCUCUGUAGGAUCAGUGAUGAUAUCUACGGUGUCAACCCGCCUCCCUAUGAAACUGUCAUUCAUGUUGACAGGGGAAUUAGGGAGUUUGAAAAGAACAUACCGCCUCAUCUUCGAUGUAAGGCUGCUUCGCUUGUGAGAAACUCCUCCAAUUACCCUAUCGAAGAGGAUUCAGGGGGGUUUAGUGAGAAGCUAGCACUCCAACAGCACACGCUUGCGCUUAACGUGAAUGAGUGCUUACUCUAUCUGAACCGGCGAUACUUUGCACACGCACUCAAAACGUAUCCUCAGGACCCACUUCGGUCUCCAUUCUCACAGUCUUACGUCGCCGUUAUGGAGUGUUGUCGGGUAAUAGUAGCGCUCGUGCGCAGUAUCCACACGCUUAUUCCGGAGUUAUCGACACGCCACUGGUAUUUCUUCCAUCAUCUAUUCUCUUGUGGCAUCUGCGCUGCGGCAUCGUGCAUUCUCUCGCCUGGCUCGGCGAUGGCAUCGGAGGCGUGGAAAGAUCUUUGCGAGAUCAUCGACUUGUGCGCUUUGCCAACGGCGGGAAAACGUGCGAAUGCUUUCGUGCCCGCCCUCGAUAAGCUGCGUAAGAAGGCUCAUGCUCGUUGUAUGGCUCACCUCGAGGCGCGUGGGACAAUGCGCAGUGAGGAGGAUGAGGGGAUUGAUGACGAACACCUCGUUCUCCUCGGGUUGGGCUCGAGAGUUGUCAAUAAAGGUCACGAAACUCGUAUCAGGACACCGGCUAGAUCGAGAUCGUAUAGCGUGCAGACUCGUGUUCCUCAGUCGAAAGCUGAUCCUCAUGAUGCCCUCUGGAAUAGCCCUAUUAGUGACAGCGCGGCACCUAAGUUUUACCCAAAUUACAAAGAUUAUGGCCAAGAGGGUGAUGAGGUGAACAAUUCUCGCGGAAAAUCUAGACGCAGGGGCUUAUUUGUUGGUGGAGAAAGUGGAGAAGGAGACGAGGGAGAUAACGGAGCUGCGACUAGUCCACAGAACACCCAUACACCUAUUCACCCACAAAGUCACUCUCAACCUCUCCCACAGACUUCUACUUUCAAUCCUAAUGUUAUGCUCAGUUCAUCUAACACCCCCGAUCAGAUCUACGAGGCACUGCUGCAGACUUCAGCGGGUACGAGUUCGACGGAGAUGUUCAAUAGUCUAUGGGACUUUUCCGGAAGUAACAAACCAAUUCCACAGCUUAACUCUUCUAGUGACAAUUGCUAUUUUCCUCAAAUUAAUUCUUUUAAUGCUUGGUCAAAUGCUGCUCAAUCGGGGCAACCACCUCAAAGUCUUCAACAACCAGUGCAACCAUCACGCUCAGGAAACGCUACACAACCUGCAUACUCUACUCACACUACCAACACCACCAACACCACGCACACUUCAUCGACCCCGCCUAAGGAUACGGACUGGAAUCAUGUGAUGAACUUAAUGGGAUUUUGA